AUGCAAUCAAAUCAACUUGUCCAGAAAGGGCUUGGAUAUAUAGAUAAGAAGGAUAAUCAGAAGGAAAAAAUGAAGAAGGAAUUGAAACAACUAAGAGAAGAAGCAGAAGAUGGUGUGGAGUUCAUAGAGGAAGAUCAUGCAGAUCUGGUAGAAAUUGUUAGCACAACCGAGACAAAAGACAUGCCACCGGAGAUGAAGUUGUUAUUGGAAAUUCAAAUGAAACAGCUUUCUGCAAAAUCUGCAAAUGGUCAUCGAUGGGAUCCACUUAGAUAUUGCAACUGUUAUAAAAUAAUCUAUUAUUUUCACUGUAUUCUGUACACAUUUGUAUCUUUGCCCUGUCAUAAUGUGGUAAGUCUACACAAAAACAUUAACAAAGUGCAAUUUUGUUACUCUUCCAAGCUUUUAUGUUGCAUUCAAUUGAAUACUUACAUUCCAGAUUUUACAAUUAUUAGGAUUGUGAGACUUGUCUUGGAUAUUUAUUGCAAGAGUCCAAAAUCGCUGGACUCCAUGCAUGAAUAUAUCAUACUACCAAGUAAUCGUCUUAUCAGGUAUAAACUGUUAUACUCAUACUAAUUUUGAGGAUUUUCCACAUUCAAAAAUAUUUUCGGAAAAUUAGUGAUCUGUCGAUCCAGCAACAAGUUCCAAUAUGCUUCCUUAAAUUCACGUAAUUUAGGUAUUACAAAAAUUCAGUAGACCAAAAACCUGGAUGGAAUCUCGAGACAAUCGCAUGGUGCAAACAUGAGACUGAAUGCCAAAAAUUAAAAGAGCAAGAUUACUGGGUUGGUUUGGUGUUAGAUGAGAUGAAAAUCCAGGUAAACACGAAUGUGAAUGUAUGUGAACGCCAAAGUUCAUUAGUAUUUGAUUAAGAACGAUUAGGACACAUGCCAUAGGUGGAUCUUUGUAGUUAAAUUCCUUGACUUCUAGCAUUAGCUUCGUGCAUAUCUUUAUAAAAUGUUUAUUGUAUACAGGAGGACUUACAGAUAACUGUGAAAGGCGGAUGCCAUCAGUUAACAGGAAUGAUCUCUCUUGGACAUUUCCAUGACGCAAUGGAAAAUAUAAAAUCUGGUAAGAAAAUUACCAUGCUUCUCAUGAACAUAACAUCAAGAUUAUAUCAUGUACUAUUUUUGUUUAGGUCAGUCAUCUAUAGAUAUAGCAAUACACCUACAAUUUAUCUUCCUCAGCAACUGCGGUUUUCAAUUUCCAUUAGCACAUUUUCCUAUGAAACAAUGUCCACCCUCUAGAUUGUAUCUGCAGUUUUGGGAAGGUAUAAUGCAAAUGAAAAGAGCUGGUUUUACAUAAGUUUCCUAAAUUUCGGUUUCCCUAUAAUAAGCAUGUAUUCGUCUCAAUUUUUCUAGUGUUUAUCAUGCAAUUUGUGACGGUGGAGAUCGAAAUCAUCUGUUUAUCAACAUUCAUUUCCCAGACGCUAAUUCACAAGACCUGCAUUUCACUGGAUGCAAUAUCUUGACAGAAGAUCCAAUGAUAUUUAUAAUGGAUUGCAAGGUAUUUUUUACUAAAGUAUAUUAGGCUACUGUGUUACUCUAGUACUUAUUUUCUUGUUGAGUGAAGAUUGAUGUUGAGCGUUAUGCAGAGAUUUAGAUGAAAAAAGAAUUAUUAUAUUGAUAUGAUACAUGAAGUAACUGACUUUUUAUUAAAAUUUUUUUGCGCGAUGUAGCACAACGUUAAGAAGCUGAGAAAUAACAUCGAGAAAAAGCUCACCUCGAGGUAAAAGGCAACUUGAAAAGGAUGGCAAGAAAAUCCUGUGGUCUCAUUGGGAACAAGCUUAUUGUUGGGACCAAAGCAACAAUUCUUGCCCCAUUCAUGAACGUUUAAAAGAAGAUCAUUUCCACCUUACCCCAAGCACCAGAAUGAGGAAUGCACUGGCAGAGGAUGCCCUGGAUAAGUGGAUGUUAUUGCUCAUGCAGGUUAGAAAUUUGAGAUACAUGUCAUACACCGUUGGCUGUACUGGGUUUAUUUCAUAGCCAUCAUCAGGGAACAUGAUACAUUAUAAACAUGAGAAAAACCCAACACUGCAUUUGUCAACUAAAAGUUGACUCAAGCGGGAUUUGAACUCGCAUAUCCAGCAUACCGGACUGGAUAUGCGAGUCAACGUUUAGUUGAGAAAUGCAGUAUUGGGUUUUCCUCAUGUUUAUAAUGUAUCAUGUACUGGGUUUGCCGGGUUUGUUUUUAUUAAUUUUCUGUACCUUCUCAAGUGUAUGCAUGGAAAAUGGAAAAUUUGCAAGACCCAAUAAAAUUAAUAGUACAGUUCCUUUCAUUUGGGCUUUAAAUAUUCAAUUUCAAGGGUUGCUCUUAUCAUUUAACCAUUAAAGAAGACGAUCCUGGCAGACUAGAUUUGACUAUAACCUUACUCAAGCAUACAAGCAACAUGGCCGAUUUAUUCUCUGAUAAGCAUGGUAUUUACCACAUUAAUGACAACUGGAUAUGUGCAUUGAAUGAUUCGUUGAAAUUGUUCACAGAAUGGGAACAACAAACCACCACUGGUAAAGAGUUUGUGUCCACCAAGCUAUGGUUUGACAUGCAGUCUAUGAUUCUCGGCUUCACAUCGAUGGUAAGAGAACAAUUAUCACGGUUUCCUGGAUCAGUGAUAAAGCGAGCCAUAGUCAACCAGGAUUUAGUGGAGAAUCAUUUCUCUCAUCUACGGAGGGGGGGGGGGAUGGUCAAAACGAGAGCCUGACAUAUCAACUGACACAGGGAACCCACAACUUUGUCAUUUUCGGCAGUCGAUUGUAAUUAAGAAAAGCAACAUUGGGGGAAUGAAGAGUAACUUGUUUGUUGGUUUGCCAAACAAGUCACUGUUUGGCAUAAAUAAAGUUGGCAGCUACUGCAGGGUUGCUCAUCAAUGAAAAUGAACAUAGUUUGUAGAAUAUUAGCCACUACUGCUAUGGCCAUUGCAGAACUGACAAAAUUGUGGAGUUUUGCUGAUUCACAUAGACAGACAUUAAUUUUAAGUUUGAUCGUUUGUAUUAACUGUUUGUAUUAACAAUGUCAAUAGUGUAGAAAGAGCCACAAUGUAAACUAUUGGGAAACCAGUAAUAUAUGCACGCAUAUUACGCAAAUAAAGUGUUCAGAAGUUGUUUAUACUCUUCGUAAUCAUAAUACUGGGACUUGGUUGGUGACAUUUGCAGGCAGUGGUAAUUUUUCAAUCUCAUAUCUUGGUACACACUUUAUGUGACCCCUUAUUAUAGUGUAUCAUAAUGCUCUAGAUACUCAAGCCCUGAAUAACUAUCACUAGCUCUCCUUAGGCCUCCUUAGGCCUCCCUAGGGCUCCUUAGCCCUCCUUAGGACUCCUUAGACAUUCCUAGUUCAUAGACAUACUUAGAGUUAGCUACAUUUUGGAAUGGUAUAUCUUUAAUUGAAAAUAUUUUGUUUUUGUCAAGGAUCACCUACUUGUGUACCACGCGAAAUAGGAUUUAUGUGCAAGUUAAGGUGGCUUCAUAUAGUUAUCCCUAAAACCCUGCUCAAGAAUCGCGAACAAAAGCAAAAUAAAAGAACUUCCUAAAUGACCUGACUACAAAAUAAAGACCUGAAGUGAGAUCUGUAAACAAUGUUAUACUAAGACGCUUGGGCCGAAGUUGCUUAUAGUUAUUUGACUUCCAAUAAUAGUAAUUGCAUUUUGUGAGUCAUGUGUGUAAAUUUGGACAAGUUGGUACAUCAGUUCUGUCAGUUUCGAAGUUUACAGCCAUUAGUGGAUAAAUAAAUAAUUGACAGCGAAAAACAUACACAUGGUUAUUGCAGCUUAACCCAUUCAGUAUAAUCGCACCCGGAUGCCAAAUAUUUAUUAUUUUACUCUGUCCAGCGCCAAACGAUUUCACUCGUCAAGGGGAGAGUGUUGGCACUUAAUGGUUAAGCAGUUGCAUAAUUUAUGGGACGAAGUCAUUGAUAUACAUCAUAUGCGCAUGUGCAGAUCCACAAUAGUCAUGUAUUUUGCAAUUCAGGAAUUUCGCUUCACAAUUGGACUGAGAGCAUCUCCCAUGGAUCUUUAUUUUUUUAGGUUCCCUUCCCAAUAUUGCCGCUUGGGUUCUUUCCGAUCUCCAAUAGAGUUGUUAAAUUAAAAAAAUUAUAUACAUUACCUAUUUAAUGUUUCAUGAUUUUAAUAGCAAGAAUUGGGUGAGGUAAGAAAUAGUAAAUAACUGUUUUCGUGCUUUUUUUCAGUUUCAGAAUUGUUUGGUCAAAGUUGCCAUUUUGGUAUUUUCACUCCUUCAAAUAAAUGUUUGUCAUUGCAUGAAAUUUGGAGAGAGAGAGCAGGCAAUGUUGAAAACAUUAUUGGACGAGUUUAUGUCCGAACCUACUCACCCUAGAUAUGGAUGUAUUAUACAAACAGAAAUGGCCAUCACACUUCCUAAAGUGUUUAUAUGGUGUCCGUUAAAGCAUUAUAAUAUCAAAGUAUUAUGUCCCAAACAUAAUGUUCCAAUGGUAUUUCAUUGUUGGACAUCGAAUGUGAACGCGGAUAGUUUUCAUCAACCUAGAUUUGUUUAUGAUCUAUAUGGAAAUACUGUACUUGUCCAAGCAAUUUACAGAUGUCCAAACACAAAUCAGUUUGGUUCAUCUUUACAUCAUGAAUACCACUCAGCAUCAAAAGACAUUCUAGCAGUUCUUCCUUCAGAAAUUACACAAAAAUUUCCGUUCAAACUUUUUUACCGUAGCGCUUGUUCUAUCGAUUUACUUGAUUAUGUUAUUGUUCACAUUGGACGAGGUCACAACUUUUUGGAAUUGUCCAAGGACAUUGCUUCACUUAACUUUCGAACAUUCAUUCGUCACAGCAGCAUAUCUAAUGAUGAAAAUUAAUAUUACUCCAAUACUAUGUACAGCAGUCCCAGCAAUGACCAACUGAUGCACAUUUUUCUGUCGUAUAUUGAUCAAGUGAAAGGUAUUUUAGAAAAUGAAGUUGCAGCAACACCUUGCUCUAUCCUUACUUGUGAUCACACAUUCAAAGUAAGCAAACACAUCGGGGUAGUACGUACAGCUGAUAGCCUGAUAAAUGCUUUGUUACCCAGUUUCAAAAUCUAUUUAUUGGGUUAAAUGAGAAUGGACAAGUCUUAAAUUGGCGCCUAAUGAAAACCACUGCAUUUGAUCGGAUUGAAGAUAUGCUGAUUGACUUUAAACAUAAGCUUAAUGCACAAUCAACUCAAUUGGAGAUGAUUAUAGUAGACGAUUGCUGCACUGUUAGACAGUCAUACCAACGAAUAUUUUCUGAUACUCCGAUCAAACUGGACAUUUUUCACGCAUGUCAACAAUUCGUGAAAAUUCUUCCAAAAGGCUUCUCAUUGCGCAAGAAGCUUUCCAGUGAGUUUGGAUUAAUAUUUUGCCAAAAUGGUGAUACAGGUGAAGAGCGAAGAAUGACUACGCCAUCUGUUGAGGAUGUCGAAUGCAAUUUGGAAAUGUUCCUACAAAAGUGGGAAAAACAGUUAUCAGAACUAACUAUGGAUGCAAUUAAAAAACUUAGAAACCAUAUAAGAAAGGGAUGUUGUUCUGGUAUUCCACCUAAAGCAGGAACACAAAAGAAUGAACGACUACACAAAUUAGUGAAAAAGUCGCUUCUUGGUGGAGCUUCUGUAAUAUCUCCUGAAUUAUCAUCCGCAAUUGCUGUGUUAUCUUACAUUUUAUACAUAUGAGGCUGCAAACGCGAUCCUAUCGCUCGAAAACAUUCGUCAAACACAAGAAUUAUUCCAGUUGUUCCUGUUGCAUUAAAAAAUCAGCAUCUACUUUCAAAUUUCGCUUCUGAUGUAACUGUUACGCAAAAGUUUGAUCAUACCGACGGAGAUUCCAGUCGCCAUGAAGAGCGUAGCUCAGCUAAAUGUGAUACAACAAUGAAAAGUACAAAUUUGGACGAAAUGGUGUCGGACGCAAUAACUCACAAUGUUAAGGAAUUAUGCAAUGAGAGUGUUUUAAAUUAUAUUAUUCUACGCGCUCUUCAUUUGAACGAGGUAUGUUCGUCGAUUGGAAACAAAUGCAGAAAUAGAGAUUUUGUUCAUAUAUCGAUAAAAUAAUAUAAAUUUGGUUCAAAACGAAGGCUACCUAAAAUACUUAAAAUUUUAGAAAACUGUAGGGAGCCACCUUAAAGAACAACACCUAUUGCUCUCCUCAAUGCAGGUGCUCUUUGUGUGGUAAUAUUAGUCCUGAUACAGCAUCAUCACAUAAAGAUGCUGUAUCAGUACUGGCAGAUACAGUGCAGUCAAUGCCCAUUAAAAGAAAAAGGACACAGCAAGAAACGUAUAAGCACUGUAAAGGCGUUGAAUAUUUGGCAAAUAAUGGAUUUGACAUUUCUCCCGGACCAUGGACCUAUAUGGAGACUUUCAUCCUCCUUCAGUACUGGAACUACUAACGUCUACCGAAUUGGCUGUGUCUUCCAGCAAUGUUAUGGAAUUGUAUAAUUUUGUUGUGUUAAGUGGCAAAGUUAAAGAUAUGGAAUUACCUAUUGCGUACAAAUCAAGUAAGAGCAUUAUCGGAAAACGUUCACAAUUGAAUGCAAAGCACAGUGUUUUUCAAUCGCUUAUGGAUUCCUUUAGUGAAGAUGGUAUGUCCGUUUCGGCUAAAAUGUAACCGAACGCUACGAACACGAGAUGAUCUAAUGUGCGAGCUGUGGGUUGCGAGUUACAAGUAUAAUUAUUGUUAAUUUCUAAUAAUGUCGGAUUUAAAUUUAACCCAGGGUUAACACUAAGCACUGAACCAGGUAUUUACACCUAUGGUUUACACUAAAAAAUCAAAUUGAAAACUGUAUGGCAUCCUUGCAGAUGAGAUUUUAGCUUUGUCUCAAUUUGCUGCCAAGUUUCAGCUUUUGAAAUAAAAUUUGGAUUAUUUAUCUCUUCUAUCCUUUCUCAUUCAUUGCAUUUACUUCUUUACUUACAAACUUGUGAAAUGCAAUCGUUUUGAUGUAAUGAUGGGUUUUUUCCUGUGUUUAAAUGAAGUCUAUUUAUUAUAUGGACAAUGGUGUUUUACUGGAAACUAAAACACUUGUAGAACUCAUACAUCACUACAUCCGGGACCAGGUGCGCGUAUUUUCCGUAUUUCACCCCUGCUAGUGACAUACAAAGUUCAAAAAUUUCCUGCCAUUUUCAUUGUUGUUCUUUUUGAAAAUGCAAAUGGUCUUUCGUUCGUAUUUAAAACGAAAUUAACGUUGGACAGAAACGUUUUGCCACUCGAACAUAAAAUCCAUAUCUCUUCACAACCGUCUAAUAUCCUAUAUGUAUGCAUAUAUACGUAUGUAUGUAUAUAAAUUGAAUUAUUUUAACUUCAGUUAUACUUCCGAUGAAAAGGACUUCAGUCAGUUAGAGUUCCGAGCGUUCAGUAACAAUAAACAAACAGAGUCUGUGUCUGAUCAUACUUACUAAUAACAUUAAAUCAACCAUUUUUAGAUUAGAAAGCACAAAAUGCAUGGUCUUGAUAACUUACUAUAUUUAAUUAAACACAGAAAUGGCAAAUAUUAUCUUUUUUGAAUGCUGUUCUUAGGGUUUGUAAUCUAAGUGAGUAUAUAUAUUUUAAGACCUGACCAGGAACGACUGCGAAAAAUGUAGCACAAGGUCCUCUGGUAGGAAUUGAACUUACGGCCUUGCGAUUCGGGUGCAGCGCUCUAACCAACUGAGCUACAGAGGCCAGCUGUUGAGCUGUAACCGUAAGUUCAUGUAUAUAUAGGUGAUCGGGUGUGCAGGUUGUGAUAAAGUGGACUUCAAUUAUCUGGUUUCUUGCACUUCACUUGGUGGUAUUAAAUAUUAAUACCACCAAGUGAAGUGCAAGAAACCAGAUCAUUGAAGUCCACCUUAUCCCAACCUGCACACCCAAUCACAAGUACCCCUCUCCCACCACAAGUACCCCUUCAUACUCCUAUGAACCAAGCAUAGCAAUCGCGAGAGAGCCUGACUUUUUAUUUAGAAAUGAUCAAAUAGCUCAUUCUUAGCCUGCGUAUCAGGCGUUCAGUGCAGGUGGGAAAAUAAAGGGCGAAGUCGAUGUAGACGCCGCCCUCUGUUAUCUAGCCCGCACUAAAGCCUUGAACGCAGGCUAUCCAAGCGAAGAAGCCCUGCAGUACAAGACAUGA